AUGGAAGACGCUUCCUGCAGCGGCUCUACGCCCUUCAAGCGCCUCGUCGACCACCAGUCUCGCGACCUCAGCCACCAUCAAGACAGACAUGUGAGCCGAGGGGCGUUUGGCCAGAACGCUUUCCGCUCUUCACCGCUGCAUCCCGCCCAAGGCCAGCAAAAUGACUUUGGCGCCUUCAUGGGCGGCGCCUCUGCCCUGCCCGGCUUCGAGAGCGAUCCCGCCACCAGACUGACGCCGUCGCUGCCCUUUGCACAAGUCGCACCAGCACACGUAGCAGCUCCUCCCAGCUUCUCGAGCCCCAUGCACCAGAUGGCAGCGCCCAUGGCGGGCGGGAGCAGCUGGGCCACCGACUUCAACCGCUUCACGCAGCAGCGGUCGCCUGCUCCAACGACUCUGGCCGCAUCCCGCCAAAUGAACCACUCUCCGGCUCAGACCGCCUUCCAGCCUUCCUUUGCACAGCCAAACUUUGCGUCCGCGUUCGCGCCGUCCAUGUUCAGCCCUCCAGCUGCCGCCGUGGCGAAGCCAGAAUUUGACCAGGAAAUGUCCCGCUGGAUGUCCGCCCACGGAGGCGGCAACAUGAAGGAGGUGGACGCUGCCAUGGAGCAAAUGGCCCUCGAGCUGGAGGAGACCGAAGCAAUAGUUGCAGCAGUCAAGGCCUCUCGGCUAACGGAUCUCGACACCCCCGAAAUCGGCAACCUGGCGCUCAACGACGACGCGAGAGUGCUAGAAGCCCAGCCAGAGCCCAUCCUAGAGCAAAUACAAGAGCCGGAGCCGGAAAGAGAACAGGUAGAUGUCCAGCACCCCAAGUCUGCCGUCGCCGAAGCCGCCGAGAAGUUACUCGACUGCGUCAAACACGAGAGCGGCGAGAAGUGGCAAAACUCAAUCUUCCUGUCGCUGAUGCGAGAUUUCCGCGACGGGAGAAAGGACAUUGUCGGUGAUGAGAUUCGCUCGACGACGGGGGAGACGGCUGCUCCCGCUGCUCAGCCCGUGGCUACUUGA